CGUCGGUGUGGUCCGGUAAGCGAGACGACCGAACCAGCUGUUGCGACGAAGGUUGACCGAGAAUAUGUCUGUUCAGCAAAAGCUCGCAUUUAAUGAAUCAAAAGAACAUUUCACCUGCUCCAAGAUGCACAAACGCAUACGGAAGUUCUUCUCAAAGAUUGACAACAGCGGCCAGAUGGAACCUCUCAUCCAGCGAGCUGUGAAGCUCCAGCAUCUCCACGUCCCGGGACCGACACGGUUCCACCUCCGCUCUGCCCGCGACAUCCACCGCGUCAAGCUCCUCGAGCACUAUGACGCUGACUCAUACUUCAGCUCUCAACUAAUCAAAAGACUCCGAGUGAUGCCCAGCAGGUUGCCUAGCAAUGCUUUUCUGAAGUUGAUGGAAGUCUUGGUGGCAAUAUUUGAUGUCUAUCUUAAGACAAAAGAGGUCAAACAUGGGAAGGCAUUCACCAAGAGCAGUGUGGAUAGACUGAAGACAAUAAAGAUGGACACCCUGAGGUGUGAUGACAAUAACAGAGCCAUUGAAUCUUACACAAGCUGCAGCCGGACACAACCAUUGCCGAAGACUGGAGGUCUCUGUUCCAAUCACAUGUUCAAGAAAACCAGCUCCUUUGGUGUGCUGAAGUUCAAGUCCAGUUCUGAAAAUAUUGAGUGUUGUCAGUCAAGUCUGAAGAAUACUAAAAACAAGCGUGGUCGACUUGUGUCAAAGGGAGAUAAAUCUCACAAUACUCUGAAAUCAGGAAAAGGCAACUGUGUACUUCCAAAACAAGAAGGCAAAGUUGAUGAGGUAAUUAGAGAAAAACUUGAUCAAGAAACAGCAGAUUGCAUUAAAAGUAAAGAAUACUCAAGAGGAUGUAAAAGGCAUUUACCUUCAACCAAGGGAGACCACUCUCAUAAAAGUAAGAGAGCCAACAUAGAUACAUGUACUUCUUCUGACAAAAGUGAUUGUGCAAGAGCUCGGGUUUGGAAAAAGAAGAAUUGAUUGACAUCAUCAGGAUCAUGACUCUGAAACAAAAUGGAUUUGAUUUAUGUAGGCAACGGCAGUCUAAGACUGCAGAAGUGACUGUGAUCUGGUAAUUUGGUGCAUCGCCUCUGUGUGAUAUAUAUGUGAUGUGAUACCUGUGUAAGGAAGACUGUGUUCAUAUAUGAUCUUGCAAUUGAGUACAGUCAGAUUUCUGGGUAAAAGUGGUUCUUGAUGCCAUGGGAUCAUUAGUGCCUUAGUGUUUCCCAGCUAUGUCCACCAAUCAGAUGUUCUCACAAGUUGUAUUUUCGGGGGUGUUAGGAAUCCCACACAGAGCCUUUAUUUUAUAAAGAGGAAGAAAGAUUCUUUAGAGAAUAUUAUCUGUUCCCUUCCACACUGUUAAGCAAAGAGAUAUGCUUUCUUUGUUGUAUUUAUUAUUUUAAAGCAUCUUAUAUUAUUUUAUGCAAACCACCGAUUUUGAUUUUGAAAAAAUGAUGUGUAAAAUACGUACCAGUACUAUCAAAAUGGUUUAAGUAUCAUGUAGAAUAUCAGUAUUAUGCAAGUAUUGGCCACAUCACUACAUGUAUUUGUUAUCUAUUUAUGUAUUUGUUAGUGGGUGGCUCAUGAACAAAACCACUGUUGUGUUAUAUGUGGCGCCAUACUGUUGCCAUGACAACUACUGAUGAAACUACAGUUAAUAAGAACAGCAUUGCAGCUAUGGAAGUAGUAAUAAGGCCAGACCAAUAUUUUUUUUUGUUUUCACGGUGGAUCAGCCGAACAAUGAAAAUAUAUUUUUUUCAAAAAUAAUAAUAGAAAAAAAUAAAAAUUAAUUUUCCCUGCUCAAAUAAUAAAAUUUUAAUAUUUUUAUUGACCAAAAAUGUAUAUGUGCAAGGAAAUGUUUUUAGAUUGUCUUUUUGCCCCAUAUACACUUCAUAAAUUGCCAAAAGUAAAAUAGACUUCUGAAAUUAAUCCAUGUUAAUAUCUACUUGGUAGGAUUUCCAGUCUCACUAUUCCAGUAUAUAAAAUAACUGGAACCCAGCAUCAUGGUACCAGUUAACAUUCUGAGAUAUAAUGGGACAUAUAUUUUUUCAGAGGUUAGAAAAUGUUUUUUCUGAAAUUCUGUGUAAGGGUUCAAAAUACAUAUAAAAUAUUCAUCUUUCCAAAUGAAAUCUCCAGCUAUAAAUGAAAAAAAGUUAUACAUUUGCAGG